UUAGUUAGAUGGUCAGUCUGUCUGUCUCAGGGGCUGGGUUUCUCUUUUACCCAAGAAGAGGGGGGUGAAAUCAGAGUUUCAAGCAUGACGAAACAAAGACACUGACUUAACAUUGGCAAAUCAUGUUUUAAAAAACUUUCACAACUCACCAUGGCUAUAAGGGAGCUCAAAGUUUGCCUUUUAGGGGACACUGGAGUUGGGAAAUCCAGCAUCGUUUGCCGUUUCGUUCAGGAUCAUUUUGACCACAACAUAAGUCCCACAAUAGGAGCAUCGUUCCUAACCAAAACAGUGCCAUCUGGAAAUGAACUACACAAAUUUCUAAUCUGGGAUACAGCCGGACAGGAAAGGUUUCACUCAUUAGCGCCUAUGUACUACAGAGGAUCAGCUGCUGCUGUCAUUGUCUAUGACAUUACUAAACUGGACUCUUUCCAGACAUUGAAGAAAUGGGUGAAAGAGCUUAAAGAACACGGUCCGGAGGACAUUGUUGUAGCCAUAGCAGGAAACAAGAAUGAUUUAGGAGACAUCAGGGAAGUUCCUAUGAAGGAAGCUAAGGAGUUUGCUGAAUCAAUUGCAGCUGUUUUCAUCGAGACUAGUGCCCGAAAUGCUGUCAAUGUUGAGGAGCUCUUUCAGAAAAUCAGUAAACAGAUCCCACCCCUGGAAAAUCCUGAGGUGGAGAGCAAUGAGUCCUUUAAACUCACCCGGCAGCCGGCUGCGUCCGCCAGGAGAUGCUGCUAGUACCACCAGUGGCUGAUGGGAUAACUUCCUUCAGCACCAGGGACCCCACCAGCACAGCACAUGGUCCACAAUGCACAGUGUCUUACUCCUGGAAAUGACAAGAAAGUGGACAGACCGAGGUCAGCUUGCACAUGUGGUCAACUGCAACAUGAAACAACAGUAUUGUAUAGGUUAUUGCACAUUUAUUUCAAUUAAUUGUCACAGUUUCAACUCUAGAAGUAGAAUGCCUUCAUUUUGUCCCCAUCAGGUGGUGUUUUGCCUGAAUUACAUAAAGAUUUAUAUCUGUGUGGUAAUACUACACAGCUCGUUACAAAGAGGUAGUUUUAUAGCAUUUUCCACAAUAACUUUAAAAUUCGGCACACAUUAGUAACAAGUGAUCUAGCUGAUGGGCUUUUUAAAGCCGGCUUUUAGCUGUUGAUGCAACUACAUUUUCAUUUCAAGAGUUAACUGCUCAGUAGAUUUUUCACUGUGGCCCUUAAAUGGCACACAUUAAAUGAAGGUUUUUAAAUAAGUUUUUUUAUGGAGCCUUUGUGUACAUGUAUGUAUAACUCUUAUAUAGAAUUGUAUUAGAAAAUUCUGAAUAAGGUUGUUGCGAUCAAACCUUAGACAAACAUUCAGUUCUGUAGCUCAAAUGCUGCGGCUUUACAUUCCACUUCAUCAUGUGUUUUCACACACAUUGACUGUAUAAGGGUUUAACUGUAAUGCUGCAGAAUGUAUAGCUUAGUGGCCUAAAUUUAACUUACAAUAUGACACCCCCUGUUGAAACACUGUGACCAAUACUAUACUGUAAUUGUUUACAUGGUAAUUUGCUAAAGAUGUUUUCUACAUGCUGAAAUGUAUUGUCUGAGAUUUCACUACAGGGAAUGACUGUAUACGACAUGUAUUUUUAUUUUUAUUUUUUACCUAAGAAGAGAAAAGACCUGCAUGUAUUUUACUCUAAACAUGUCUAAAGCUGUUAGUUCCAAAAGGGUUGUAUUCUAUUUACUAACCAAACUCUGAAGGAACAUAUAGUUAUAUAGCCCUAAACCAAUCAAUUUAGCUUGCAAAAAAAAGUGGGAAAAAGGUAACAAUGAAAAUAGUGCUUUGUUCAGUGUAAACUAAAAUGCUAUAUAUUUGCUGCUGUUUCUUUGGCAGUAGAGCCCUUGGAUUUGUCACUUGAGAUGUAUCAGCACUUUUGUAUACAUUUAACAUUGUUAAUUUGAAGUCACUUUUUUGUAAGUGUGUUGAAACAGUUACAGAACUCUUAACUGCAUUUUUUUAAAUGUAAAUGAGAGUUGGCUUGGAUACAACAAGGUUUUCUUAUGGAACAGUAUUUCUGGUUCUACAUGUGGAUAGCUUAAAAAAAGUUUAUGUUUGUACUUAAGUUAGUUAGUGCACAUUAAAAAGUAAUUUAAAAAUGUACCAUUUUUACCAACAUGUAUGACAGGAUAAUGGAGUUCAAUUCAUAGUUUUUAAUGCAAUCAUAGUCUAAUUUUGCUCAUAUUUACUGUUCUCAAAGUCACACCAAACUCCUUUCACAAAUCUUCAAAUGAAUGUGGCCUUGCUUCCACUAAAAUGUAAUGCAGUGAUUGGUUGAAAUUGAAUUAGGAGUUGCUUGAUGGGCCAGAUGUGCAGUGUGUCAGAUUUACCACCAGAUUGAUAAAGAUUUCAUUAAAUACAGUAGAUAUAUUUUCCAAUGCAGUUUGGCAUGAUAUUACCUCUAUACAAGAUAUAUGACAUAAAAUUUGUUUUAUUUUUUACAAGACGUUACAUGUUGACAUUGUGAUAAGAUUUCCAAGUAUAUUCGUCGCCACACAAGUGCCCUUUUUAUGUUUUUCUAAACAAAUGUAUGACAUGGCUUAAAAGUGCUAGAUUAAUGCAUGAAUUAUUUGAUCAGUACAGACUAAUUGUACGCAUAACGUCAACUUUGAAAUUGCCAAUUAUCUGCAGCCAUUCUUUCACUGUAAGCCGUCAUGCUUCCCUUUAUCCUCUUAAAAUCAGAUUAACUUUUGUAUAUUAAUCAGUGUAAUAAAGUAUUGAUUAUUCUA